AUGAAUAUGUUGGAUGAUGAAGAUGACCAAAGCUUUCACGCUACGCGUGACGGCUACUCCCAUUUGAGCGAUGUCGAAUGGGAUGCGGUUGAACGAAUGGGUUCGACCAUGGGCAUCCAUGCUGUUAGCGUCAUGCUAGAGGCUCUCAAUAGAGAUGCCCAACAUGCUACUAUCGCCAAGUUCAUUCAAAAUGAACUUGACGCUGAACGCGAGAAAGUAGCCUUGCUUCACCAACAAGGUUCUCAACAAGCAGAGUUGUUGAGAGAACAAGGUGCUCAACAGUUUGAACUGUUGAGACAGCAGCAGGCUGCUGCUGGCGGGUCGAUGCACUCGCGUCGACCCGAGACUUUGAAGAUUGACAUCUUAAAGGCGCGUCGCAUCGACGACGGGGAUAUGCAAGUUGCAUUUGCCCAGUCAAAUCUGGCAGGACGUGCCAAGACUUGGGCACUGGAGCUCAAGUUGCACGACCCAUAUGCGUUUGGGUCGUUGGAAGUCUUCAAGUCGCGGCUCAGACAAACGUUUGAACCGCCUAGAGCUGAGUUCAGGGCUCGAACCGAACUCUUGAAGCUCAAACAGGGUAAGCGUGAUGUGCACGCUUACGCCCAACAUAUACGACAUCUUACGAGUUGUAUAAGUUCCAAUCCGGUGGAUGAACACACGUUGGUUUCGGUGUUCAUGCAGGGUCUUGCGGAUGGUCCCGUCAAGACUCACCUGUUCCGGCUUGAACUAGAUUCACUAGAACAAGCCAUUUCCAUUGAGGAGCAGGAAGACUUCAGUCUGAGACAGGCUCGCGCCAGCUCGACAUCGUAUCGUCAACCGAGACGAUAUGACAACGGAGGUCCAGAGCCGAUGGAACUCUGUUAUGUAGAGAGCGAGAAGGCUCGCUCUACAGGCUACAAGAAGUUGCAGAGAUGCAACAGAUGUCAAAAGACAGGACACUACGCUUACGAGUGUAGUGCCCCUCGUCCAGUGUCUCGCGACACUGGGCGUAGUGACCGUCCACCCAUGAGAAAGGGGCAGGGACGAGGGUCCGCAGUUGGUGCAAAGACGCAACAACGGGAUGGACCGUCAAAAAAACGGACAGGAUCAGUAGGUGCGGAGCACCCUACUGGUCUAGCAACGUCAAGAGAAUUUGUAGGCCUCUUGAUGAAGGUUGCUCCCAACACACAAACGUUGUGCGUUGCUGCUCUAGGUAAUGAGGUCUCACUCAUUACCUUGAAACUCGAAGUGACGAAUAAGUUGUCCCUUCGAGCUCUAGUCGAUUGUGGGGCGUCCAACAAUUUUGUGCGACGCCAAUCGCUAGAAGAUGGUCACUUUAGAUUCAGUGAAUGUGACACACCUCCUACGAGGAUGACGGUACGUCUUGCGACAGGCGCAUCCGUAACCGUCAUGAAGCGUAUAGUGAAGAUCCACUAUACGCUAGAAGAUACCCAAUAUGACGAUGACUUUAUCGUAUUGGAUUUGGAUGACAAAUUUGAUGUCAUCCUUGGAAUACCGUGGCUCAGAAGGUACGAACCACGAGUAAACUGGCAACAUCGAACAGUAACGAUGCCUGCCGCUUGUUCAUCAGAUGGCCAUCUGAUGAGCGUUUUGGAGCGUCCACAAGCGUGUGGAUGUACUACGAGUGAGUGCGAUGGCCUCACUUGUGGUACGGUCGUUAGUACGACUGCACAAAACCUUAGUGUAACAAACGGUUACACUUCGGAGCAAAGUUCCGGCGGCUGUGAGGAAACACAGGCUGCGCCGAAGGUCCACCACUCGAAUAAGUCGGGUGGACUGGGACAAAGAUGUAUCCCUAGCGGGGAACAUCUAGAAGAGAAACAAUCGAUCGCUCAGGUUAAGCGAAACGAUAAUCCUAGAUCGACUGGAGAGUCUUUCGUAGAGGAUCUCGCUGUGGUUGCGCAACCCCAGCUAGAGGAAGUAAAGGGAAUAAGUCCCAAGAUUACAAAUACGGCGGAAAUAAGUUCCCCGAAACCCGCGGGAAUAAGUCCCCGGGAAUCCGAAGGAAUAAGUCCUUUGAUGCCUGAGGGAAUGAGUCCCUAG